AUGGUGUCUCAGCUGAUACACCAGAAUGUGGAAACCAAACUUAUGGUGCCGUAUGCUUAUUCAAAAUGUGUUGUAGCGAAGAUGGUUUCUAAGGCCUUUCCUGAAUUUGGCAUGAUUGGUGAUGAUGACACACGUAAAAGAGAGACAGCUGUUUUCUUCGGACGGACCUAUCAUGAAACUGAUCCACUUAUUUCCUUCGAGACAGCAAUUCGGUUCUGGAGGACUCCACAUUCUUCAGAUGCACCCUCGUGCCGCGAUGUCAUCACCGGAAAAUGGGCACCACAUCUACUGCUGAUAAAGAGUAUGGCCGGAAUCCAGGCUAUGGUUUGA